AUGAAGCGGGCCCAGGCGGCAUCGGAAGGAGACCAGGCCGAGUUCCCAAUGGAGCCCCUGGGGAGGCUGCCUCUGUACAUGAAGUCCCUGCGCUGGGCCCUAGUGGUCAUGGCUGUGUUUCUGGCAGUGUCCGCGGUCACCAUUGUGGCCCUGGCUUCUAGAGUAGGGGCCACUUGCCAGCCGUGCCCCCCGGGCUGGAUGUGGUGUGAGGAGCAUUGCUACUACCUCUCUGCCGAGGCUCAGGCCUGGGAGGCCAGCCAGGCCUUCUGCUCGUCUCACCAUGCCACCCUCCCCCUGCUGGGCCACAUCCAGGACUUCCUGAGCAGAUACCCAGUCACCAAGUACUCCUGGGUGGGGGCCCAGCGAGGCCCCCAGGGCUGGCACUGGAUUGAUGGGGCUCCACUACCACCCCAUUUACUCCCAGAGGAAGAUGAGGACCAGCCGGAUCUCAAGUGCGGGGGCCUGGAGGAAGGCAAGAUUGUGGCUUGGGACUGUGCCUCUCCAAGAUCCUGGGUCUGUGCCAAGGGGACCAAGUGA